UGUGCAUGUGAGUACAGGUGUCCUCAGAGGCCUGAAGAGGGCGUCAGAUCUCCUGGAGCUGGAGUUAGAGGUGGCUGUGUGUGAACCCUGAGAACUGGACUCUGAAAGAGCAAGCAGCCAGUCUUGCAGUUCAUCUGAAGAACAAAGGCACAUUAUAAAAUCUAGCAUUUCUAACUGCAUUCUGUGAGUCCAGGAAAAUGGAUAUAGCAAAUCCCCCAACUUCCAAAUGCAUCACGUACUGGAAAAGAAAAGUGAAAUCUGAAUACAUGCGCCUCCGGCAGCUCAAACGGCUUCAGGCAAAUAUGGGAGCAAAGGCUCUGUAUGUGGCAAAUUUUGCAAAGGUUCAAGAAAAAACCCAGAUCCUCAAUGAAGAAUGGAAGAAACUUCGAGUUCAGCCCGUUCAGCCCAUGAAGCCUGUGAGUGGGCAUCCUUUUCUCAAAAAGUGUACCAUAGAGAGCCUUUUCCCAGGGUUUGCCAGCCAGAAUAUGCUGAUGAGGUCUCUGAACACUGUUGCAUUGGUUCCCAUCAUGUAUUCCUGGUCCCCUCUCCAGCAGAACUUCAUGGAUUCAGCUCUACAAGAGGGAGUCAUCUCUCAGAUAAAACAUGUGGAAGACGAGACGGUUUUGUGCAAUAUCCCCUACAUGGGUGAUGAGGUGAAGGAAGAAGACGAAACCUUCAUCGAGGAGCUGAUCAAUAACUACGAUGGCAAAGUUCAUGGUGAAGAAGAGAUGAUUCCUGGGUCUGUUCUGAUCAGUGAUGCUGUUUUCCUGGAGCUGGUGGAUGCCCUCAAUCAGUACUCAGAUGACGAAGAGGAAGGGCACAAUGACACCUCCGACGGGAAGCAAGAUGACAGCAAAGACGACCUGCCGGUAACAAGAAAGCGGAAACGCCAUGCUAUGGAAGGCAACAAAAAGAGCUCCAAGAAGCAGUUUCCAAACGACAUGAUCUUCAGCGCCAUCGCUUCGAUGUUCCCUGAGAAUGGUGUGCCCGAUGACAUGAAGGAGAGGUACCGAGAGCUAACAGAGAUGUCAGACCCCAAUGCCCUUCCCCCUCAGUGCACACCCAACAUCGAUGGCCCCAAUGCCAAGUCGGUGCAGCGGGAGCAGUCUCUGCACUCUUUCCAUACCCUUUUUUGCCGGCGCUGCUUUAAAUACGACUGCUUCCUACACCCUUUCCAUGCCACUCCUAAUGUAUAUAAACGCAAGAACAAAGAGAUCAAGAUUGAACCAGAACCAUGUGGCACAGACUGCUUCCUUUUGCUGGAAGGGGCAAAGGAGUAUGCCAUGCUCCAUAACCCUCGGUCCAAGUGCUCCGGGCGCCGUCGGCGAAGGCACCAUGUGGUCAGCGCUUCCUGUUCCAAUACAUCUGCCUCUGCUAUGGCUGAGACUAAAGAAGGAGACAGUGACAGGGACACUGGCAAUGACUGGGCCUCCAGUUCUUCAGAGGCUAACUCUCGCUGCCAGACCCCCACGAAGCAGAAAACCAGCCCAGCCCCACCUCAGCUCUGUGUUGUGGAAGCCCCGUCAGAGCCUGUGGAGUGGACUGGAGCUGAAGAAUCUCUUUUCCGAGUCUUCCAUGGCACCUACUUCAACAACUUCUGCUCAAUAGCCAGGCUUUUGGGAACAAAGACAUGCAAACAGGUCUUUCAGUUUGCAGUAAAGGAGUCACUUAUCCUGAAGCUGCCCACAGAUGAGCUCAUGAACCCUUCACAGAAGAAGAAAAGGAAGCACAGGUUGUGGGCUGCACACUGCAGGAAAAUUCAGCUGAAGAAAGAUAACUCUUCUACGCAGGUGUAUAACUACCAACCGUGUGACCACCCAGACCGUCCCUGUGACAGCACCUGCCCCUGCAUCAUGACCCAGAAUUUCUGUGAGAAGUUCUGCCAGUGCAGCCCAGACUGCCAGAAUCGUUUUCCGGGUUGUCGCUGUAAGACUCAGUGCAAUACCAAGCAGUGUCCUUGCUAUCUGGCAGUACGGGAGUGUGACCCUGACUUGUGCCUCACGUGUGGGGCCUCAGAGCACUGGGACUGCAAGGUGGUAUCUUGCAAAAACUGCAGCAUCCAGCGUGGCCUCAAAAAGCACCUGCUGCUGGCCCCUUCUGAUGUGGCCGGAUGGGGCACCUUCAUCAAGGAGUCUGUGCAGAAGAAUGAAUUCAUUUCUGAAUAUUGUGGUGAGCUCAUCUCUCAGGAUGAGGCUGAUCGGCGAGGGAAAGUCUAUGAUAAAUAUAUGUCCAGCUUCCUCUUCAACCUCAACAAUGAUUUUGUAGUGGAUGCUACCCGGAAAGGAAACAAAAUUCGCUUUGCAAACCAUUCAGUGAACCCCAACUGUUAUGCCAAAGUGGUCAUGGUGAAUGGAGAUCACCGCAUUGGGAUCUUUGCCAAGAGAGCAAUUCAGGCUGGCGAAGAGCUCUUCUUUGACUAUAGGUACAGCCAAGCUGAUGCCCUCAAGUAUGUGGGCAUCGAGAGGGAGACCGAUGUCCUCUAGCCCUCUGGGCCCCGUGACAGUGCUGUGGUCGCAGCACCGUCUUGCUUCAGGCACACUGCUGCUGCUCCAGCUGCUGCAAUGUCUUCCAUGCUGAGAACGCCCACCCACUCCUGUGUAACUAGACCUCCGCUGUAUCCCAAGGAGACACUGCCUCAGUGAGAAGGGAAACAGGUGCUGAAGACCUGGUCUCCUGGGAGAAGCUGCACCCCCAGAUCAGAGGAGGCAGCCAUGGGCUGGGUGGAUAUUGAGGGUUGUUUCUCCUCAGCUCCCAAACCGUGGGCCUCAGGAGUCAACAGCACUGCCAUUUUAGUUUUCCCAGUCAAGAGUCCUGUGUCACUGACUGUCAGGCUGGCUAAGUGAAAUCAGGUCCCUGCAGCCUACAGGUGCCUGACAGGCAUUACAGAGCUCAGAGGGAAAUGAGUCUCUGUGACAUCGAAGCAGAAAUUUAAGGCUGCAGGAGCUAAGUGCCACCCUCCUGUGGACAGAGGGAGAGCCAGUCAGAACGUGGGCUCAGGAAGCUUGGAAAAACCUGUCCUGUAGACUAUGGGGGGAGAAGGGCGUUUUCAGACUCCAGCAGCAGGCACCAGUGACCCAGCUCCUUCCAAAGUUCUGGCUCAGUGGCAGCCAGCCUCGGCUGCGGGUGUGGGCUGUGCCUGGCUGAGAGUAAGUACACCAGGUCACUACGCUGCAGUGGUCCUCAGGCCUUCGUUCCUCAGAGCUAGGUCCACGGAGCAGCUUUGCUUCUUUCUUCAGGGUAGCGGGGUCUAGUCCAGGGAGGGAGAGGUUGCUGGUGUGCUUUCCUCCGUGUGGGGUACCUGCGCUUGGCAGGGUUCAAAGGUGGUGAGGAGUGCCAUUGCACAUUCAGGAGGGCGUCACAGUGCAGGGCAGACUGGCAGACUUUCUCUGAGAUUUAUGCAGAACAAAGCACUUUAACUUUCUUUUAGAAGGUCUAUAGAUUGGAGUUUGAGCCAAGGUCUCUGGGGUUCCUGCCCAAAUCCCACUUCUGAAAGAGGAAGAGGAGAGGGGAAGACCUUCCAUUUCUUUCUCUUCUCCCGAGAGAAGCAGGUGGAGGUGGUCUGACACAAGAAGCAAGCUGUGACGGCCCGGCUGCCUUGGGUCUGGUGCGCUGGGAACAGGGGCAUGGCUCUGAGUGGAAAGGACCUGGGCAGGUAGAGACUGACCUAGGGAGUGUUAGCCAGAGCUCCUCCCACGGGCCAGUGUCUGUCCCACCAAAGACGCCAGGCUCCUUUGGCCAUAGUGCCCCUUAGAAAUUUGCAUGGGACUGCAUGCUUGUGCAUAGACACACCCCCUCACCACACUGGUAGGCACAUGUACCUCACACAGCUCCUGACAGUAGCUUCUCCCCAUGCCCUCAUCACAGCUCUGAAAUUGACAGCUGCCGGUGGCUUGUGUCUACUAUGUGUAUCAGGGAUACCCUCAAGCCUAACCGUAGGCUCGGAAUCACUCAUCAAUUCUCUGGGAAAACCAGAGACAGGCAGACAAGGGCCUGGCCGUGAGGAAUGCUUUAAAACGUUGGUUCUAGGUUGACCCCAGCCUUCCCUCAUCAGGCAUCACUGGCAGCCCCUCCUUGUGAAGUUGAGGCCACAAAUACUCAUGCUCCUCCAGCUGCCAUUCCUGGUCCCUGCUGUCUUCUUCUUUUAAUGACGGGUCCCAGCCCUCCUCCCCACUUUUGCCCCACCUCAUGUAAGAUGGACACAGAGAGGUGGUUUGGACUGGUGGGGAGCUGGCGUACAUGUGGCUUUAUUGCCAGUGAAUUUCUUGCACUUUAAAGUCCUGUGGCUUGUGACCUCUUACCUAAUAAAGUGUUAGAAUCCA